ACACAAUUUCCCGGCCAAGGGACUUUUUCCUUCCAGGGCUGUUUCAACAUCUCUUUUCUCCCUCACGUCCGCAGCCAAUAAAAAGAGACACGUCCCUCUGUGCCUGCAGAACGAAGACUCGGGGAGUUCGAGCGAGACCCAGGUCCUUGUCGUGCUUCUUGCUUGGAGAUUUUAACUGAAGGCUCCACAGGAUGUUCAGGCUGGCGGUGUUCCUCUGUGCUCUGUGCGCUGUGUCCUGGGGGUUCCUCUGUCUUCACAUUGUCACCCCAGGCAAAUGGGGCGGCCGACCCGCCAACUGCUCUUCGCCUCUCAAGGCAGUGCAGACUGGAUACGUCAUUAUCCUCCACACGGCCGGCAGAAGCUGCAAAACGGGUGCUGAAUGCAACCAGCAGAUGACGAAUAUCCAGCAUUUCCACAUGAACAAAGGCUGGUGCAACAUUGCCUACAACUUCCUGAUUGGUGAGGAUGGGAAGGUGUACGAAGGCAGAGGCUGGAAUACAGAAGGUGCCCACACUUAUGGUUACAAUGACAUCUCUCUGGGCAUUGCCUUUAUCGGCGACUUUACAGGAAGGUCUCCCAACGCAGCGGCCUGGAAAGCUUUGAAGCACCUGCUCCACUUCGCUGUUGAGAAUGGCUACUUGUCUUCUGACUACCUCCUCAUGGCUCACGGGGACGUCAGCAACACCAUUUCUCCCGGGCAGCCCAUCCGCAAGGUCCUCAAGACGUGGCCGCAUUAUAAACACUGAGCGCCACCAGCCUGGUGAAGGACGCGGGUGGGUGUUGAAAGCCGAGGAUGCUGGCUGAGGGAUCCGUCUCUUUUCAUGUGCUUAGUACAUAUAGAGAGAGAUAGUUUGACUCUUCAAUUUUUCGGGUUGGAUUCUCAGCCCCAGUUCUGUCUGCUGAGCAAUGCACGGGGGAAGCAAUGUGGCUGCAUCCAGCCAGUUGAGAGUCCCCCCCGCCCCGUUGAAAUUCUGACCUGGUGUCAGACCAACAGAGCAAAUUCUUCUGCCGACUGCUCAGGCACCUGAAACCCAUUGAUUUCAAUGUGUUUUAGGCACCUUGUUGCUUUUGAAAAUCCUCCUAGGUACCUAAAUACCUCGGAUUUGUGGCUUGGGCUGUGCCUGCUUUAGCCUCACUCCCCUGCAAAGGUUUUACAGCAGAACGAACCUCAGAGUUACAAACACCAGAGUUAUGAAGUGACCAGUUACCCACACACCUCAGCUGGAACUGGAAGGAUGCAAUCGCAGUACUGGAUUAAACGUAAACUAUUGAAAAACUAAAGGGAAGGCAGCAUUUUAAAAGCAUCUUCUGCAUAGCAAAGUUUCUAAGCUGUCCUAAGUCAAUGUUCAGUUGCAAAGUUUUGAAAGAGCAGCCGGAACAUUUUGCUCAGAGUGACGAACAAGCUCCAGGCCCGAGGUGUUCGUGACUCUGAUGUUCUCCCGUAUUUGGUUCUGAAGCUAAUCCGUGAAGUCAGCAGCCUCUUGUCCUCACCGGCCUCCAGAAGUCCAUCCUCGUCAAACCCUGACCACGUCCCUGCUCCCUGCACGAUUUCUUCAGCUCCAAUGAAACUAGGGUGACCAGAUGUCCCGUUUUUAUAGGGACAGUCUCGAUAUUUGGAGCUUUGGCUUAUAUAGGCUCCUAUUACCCCCCACCCAAUCCUGAUUUUUCACACUUGC